AUGGUGUUGGAGGAGCCUGGCGAGCUCUUCAGCAAGGAGGCCUUGGAGCACGCGCAAGAGGCCGCGAAUGAGCGAGCAGCGCAGGUGCUCCGAGAACAUAAGCUCCGGGACCCGCCAAGGCCCCUUUCACUUUCCCAGGGUGUGCAACUGGUCAACUUCUAUGGCCAGAAGCUGCCAGAGCUUUGCAAGCUUUGCUCUGCGCCUUCGGAGGUCUGCUGGACUGCCCUGGUCUUUUUCAGGCGUUUCUAUGCCGCAGCAUCAGCCAUGGAGUUCGACCCUGCGACCACAAUGUAUGCCGCAGUGCACGUCGCGUGCAAAAUCGAAGAAGUUCGAGAGAUCACGCUGGACAGGCUCUUGGAGGUGAGCGGCUUUGGCGAAGAUGCCGCAAUGAAAACCAAGGUGACGGACUUGGAGCUAGAGCUGCUCGAGCGGAUUGGCUUCCGCCUGCUUGUGGAGCCCAAGCCUGGCGCAGCGCUGCGUGUCCUCGCCGAGGACAGCCGCGAGCGUGUGCCGGGUUUUCCUCUGAGCCAAGAGGCGCUGCAGGAGCUGCUUGCGCGGGCUGAGAGCCUGGUUUUCGAACUCUGCGCGUGUAGCCAUGCAGUGCUUCACUAUCCAGCGUCAAUCAUCUUCUCUGCCGCCUGGGGGACAGCCUUGGAUGAAGGCUCAGGCCUUGACCGACAGCCAGGCGCCGCACCCUCCUGCGCACUGCUUGCCAUGCUCGCUGAGACCUUCAAGGAUCCUGCAGAUAGGGAAGCUCUCUCAAGCCUUCUCAAGGAGGUGUUGAAGGCCAUGAAGCAGGUCAGUUGCGAAACUGGUUUGGGCAAAGCAGCCAUGCAGGAUAUUGCAAAGAUUGCUCGGAAGUGCCACCGAGCCUUUGGAUUCAUCCAUGAUGAGCGCAAGCAGCGGCAUGAGGCUCACCGAAAAGAGCGGAAAAGGCGGCGGAAUGAUUUGAAGGACAAGGAGGCCACGAUGUUCAGAAUUGCAGAUUUUGCAGAUUUGAAGCAGAAGGCCCAGGCCCUCCAAAGCCAUGCCAUGGAUGAGGACUUUGUAAUUCACGGGCCUCGUGAUAUGGAGGAGGACUAG